CCCAUUUUCUACAGCUUCCCAACUUUUCAAAUCCCUCGAGCAAAUCUCAUCUUCUCUUGUUCGUCGUCUUCCUCGUUGCUGUAAUCCGUUAAGGAUGAUUCUAAAGGUUGCACCGGCUUUCAGCCCGUUGAAUUCCCAUGGCGAAGGUCUGAAUGCCCUGUUUUCGUCGCCGGUUCCGUCUUCGUUUCCGGCGAGGAGUUUCGAGGGAAGGAAUGGAAAUGGAGUCCUGAUGUUAGCGGCGAAAAGCACCACCACCAAGACGGUCAGCGGCGUCGUUUUCGAGCCAUUUGAGGAAGUGAAGAAGGAGCUCUCGCUUGUGCCCAGUGUUCCCCAGGAUUCACUUGCUCGUCACAAGUACGCUGAGGACUGUGAGGCCGCUAUCAACGAACAAAUCAAUGUGGAGUACAAUGUUUCAUAUGUGUACCAUGCCAUGUUUGCCUACUUUGAUAGAGACAACGUUGCACUCAAGGGACUGGCAAAGUUCUUCAAGGAGUCAAGUGAAGAAGAAAGGCAGCACGCUGAGAAAUUAAUGGAAUACCAGAACAAGCGAGGUGGAAAAGUGAAGCUUCAGUCAAUAUUGAUGCCGCUCUCUGAGUUCGACCAUGCUGAAAAGGGGGAUGCAUUAUAUGCUAUGGAGUUGGCACUUUCUUUAGAGAAGCUGACAAAUGAGAAGCUUUUAAAUCUGCAUUCUGUAGCCUCCCGAAACAACGACGUGCAGCUAACUGAUUUCAUCGAGGGCGAGUACUUAGACGAGCAGGUGGAGUCGAUAAAGAAGAUAUCCGAAUAUGUAGCCCAGUUGAGGAGAGUGGGCAAAGGCUAUGGCGUGUGGCACUUCGACCAGAUGCUCCUUCACGAGGGUGCUGCUGCGUAAAAUUGUGUCCCAGUAAGUAAGUCAGUGAGUCAAGUCUUAAUAAGAGCAUUAUUAUGUUCAUCCAUCUUUUAUGAUUUUGCGGUGUAGUGUUUUUGUUGUGUGAGUUCCAAAUAAGAUUGGUUGGUAAGAUGUUAAGGGCUUUGACUUAGACAGCAGACACCCCUGCUAAGCCAGCCCUUUUAGUAUCUUCCUGCCAGCCUUUGAUCAUUUGGAAAUGAGAUUUGAGAUAGAGAGAUAGAUAUUAUGGUCUUUAGCCACACAGCUUCAUCCAUUCCUCUCUAUAUUUCUUGCUCAUCACUGGGUGGAAUGUUUUGUGUGGUUUUUUUUAUUGCUUUUGUCUUGGUAUUUUGGGAUGUUUUCAGUUUGGAAUGUUUCUACAGUAUCAUGAUAUUAAUUAAUCAAUAAUUCAAUACAUAGUAUUUGAUUAUAGU